AUGGCACAUCUAGAUCACCAUGAAAAAUUAUAUCAAGAGCACAUUGAAGAUGUUGCCUCCAUUCCAAAUAGAACAUUGCCAGUCUAUAAAAAGAAGUGGUUUCUAGUUUCCGCUGCGGUAUUUACGGUAACUGCUGCCAUUGUGAUUGCCAUUGUGGUUUCUAUCUCUAUCCGCAAUCAGAGCAUGGCACAGCAAAAAGAUGGCAUGAUACAUACUACAUCGACCAGCAAAAACGAGAGCGAUGUCGACGAUGGGAGCACCUCGACAACAAUACCGCAAAAUAAUACCAAAAAUAGAAAAACUGCUUCUUUAAUUACACCAGACCAUCAAGAAAGCUACCACCCACCCGUUUAUGCGCAUGCAGUAUCACCGUGGUCCAAUCUAACUAGGCUCAAAGUAUAUAAUCCAUCAGAUCAAGGUCGCAUUUUCGUCAUGGGAGAUAUUCAUGGCUGCUUGAAGGAAAUGAAUCAAUUGCUGGAGAAAAUUCAAUUUAAACCAGAUCAAGAUGCAUUGAUUUUGGCGGGCGACUUGGUCUUUCGGGGACAAGAUUCGAUUGGAGUGAUUCAAAGGGCAAGACAGCUCAAUGCACUCUGUGUGCGUGGCAACCAUGAUGACAAGGUGGUUCGACUCAAAACUUAUGAAUACCAACACGGCUUAGACUCCAUGUCCCCAGCAGAUGAAAUCAUGCCUGAAGGUCAAGUAGGUGAUCCUCUUAAAUUUGGUAACAAGCACAUGGAAAUUUCAAAAAACCUGAACGUGGAGGAUUAUAAUUAUUUGGCUGGCUGUCCGUUGAUUUUGGAUAUUCCUGAAUUGAAUACACGUGUGGUCCACGGUGGUUUGGAUCCUCGGAUUACAAACUUGGUCGACAACGAUCCUUGGUCCGUCAUGAACAUGAGAGAUAUGGAUAAUAACAAUCAGCCUUCCAAAUUGAAACUGAACAAGAAGCCGGGUAAUGAUGUUCAGCAUUGGACAGCUGCUUACGAAGCCAACGCUGCCAAAACUCACAACCCUGUCACUGUCUACUAUGGUCAUGAUGCUUCAAGAGGUAUUGUCAUUGAUAACCAAACUGUUGGCGUAGAUAGUGGUUGUGUGUACGGUCGUAAAUUAUCAGUUGUAGAAAUGAGAUCAAGACAAUUGAUUCAAGUGGAUUGCUUGGGCGGCGAUAAGCAUGGAGAUGAUGAUGACUAA